UGUAUGUGAAUCUCCAUGGCUGUCCGAGGAACCGUUCCUCCGCCGGAUUAUUACCCGUUUGAUAUCGCACUCUCAGCACAGCCUCCUGAAGAUCUGCAAGGCUUUUACAAGGGAAACCAACACAUGUUGAGCAGAUCCGGCUCGCAUUAUGGGCUGGCAGGAGGGGUCAGGAGCGCUUGGGAUCAAGGACAAGCUCGUGCGAACACUCCCGGCCCUAUUCCCAAUCCUCCUCCUCCUCCUCCUCCUCCCUCGGCUCAUGAGAUCAGCCGCUUGUACAGGGAUUCUCUCUCCAUCAAGAUGAUCCCAGACACUCAGCGUAUCCGCAGCAGAGCCGCUUCUCCCGCUUGCUUCGGGCUCGACUCCAGGUAUCCGUCCGAACACGUUUACGGCGAGGUGAACGGUUUCCCCGUGGAGUCGUCCACUUGUAUAGUUGUGGAUCCCAUGGAUGGGAAUCUUCCUCGGGGAACACAGGUGUACGGCUCCGUCGCGUCCCAAAGGAUGCCUUACGAUCCCGCGUACGAUCCGGGAUCCUCCAUGUUGCCGGCCGCUCCGAUUCCGCUUUCAACCGGGCAGCACCCGCCAGGAUCCGACCCGAAGCGAAACGUGGAUCCGGGAUUUCUCUCUCUCCUCCGUUCCGAGGGUCUCUCGGAAAGCACUAUAACUCUUCUCCUCCAGCAUGGAUUCGACUCCAGCUCGAUGCUCACGAUGAUGGAAGAUCACGACAUCCGCUCCGUCGCUCCUAAUCUGGGACAGGCACGUGUGUUGUCUCGCUUGGUGAUCAAUUGUAAGUCGGGCGCGACCGGAACGACAUCCAUCCGAGGGCGAUCCAACAGCUUCAGCCAUCGAAGUGAUCUCUACAUGCAGCCUCAAGCGCUCAACAUGGACUCCCAUCUCAUCCAACAGCCUCCCGGCGCCAUGCAGUCCGUGUCUCCCAGAAUGGGAGAGUUUUUAGGGCGUCGACCCAGCAGCGCUCCGUCCCAACAUCUCCUCGAGACCUCCACAUAUCAAACCGGCCGGACGAUGGGAGGUCUCCCGAUCAACCCGGCUGGAUUCCCCACUUCUCAUCCCCAAUCCCGACCGCUGUCCAUGUUUAACGCUCACACCGGCCUGGCCAUGUCGGCUCUUCCCGCUCAACAGCAGAACGCGAGCGCACCGGGAAUGGCUCCCAAAACCUUCUCGAGCCCGUACUCCCCCAUGGAGCUGAUGAAGCGCCCGCCGAAUCUCCCUCUCUCUCCGGCUCUCAGUCCCCAUCACAGUCCUCAGGUCAUGCGGAAAGGAGUCGCUCCGGUGGACGGGAACGCUCUCCCGGCGUCGUCUUCCCACCAGCACCAAUCCGUCAAUCCCAAUAACAAACUGACCCGCCGGACCGGACCGCCCGUCAUCGUGUCCACCAUGGCGUCUCCCGACACAAGUAUCCGGCCUCAGAUGGUGAACGGCCCGAAUCACCCCCGACCUCUCGUGGCGCUGCUGGACGGCCGCGACUGUACGGUGGAGAUGCCGAUCCUCAAAGACCUCGCCACUGUAGCCUUCUGUGACGCCCAGACCACUCAGGAGAUCCACGAGAAGGUGUUGAACGAGGCUGUCGGCGCUCUGAUGUAUCACAGCAUCACACUGACGCGAGAAGAUCUGGAGAAGUUUAAAGCCCUCAGGAUCAUCAUCCGCAUCGGCAGCGGAUACGACAACAUCGACAUUAAAGCCGCCGGAGAGAUGGGUAUCGCGGUGUGUAACAUCCCCUCAGCCGCAGUGGAGGAGACGGCAGACUCGACUCUGUGUCACGUGUUGAAUCUGUACCGCAGGAACACGUGGCUCUAUCAGGCGCUGCGCGAGGGGACGCGCGUCCAGAGCGUCGAGCAGAUCCGGGAGGUGGCGUCAGGGGCCGCUCGCAUCCGCGGGGAGACGCUCGGACUCAUCGGCUUCGGUCGUUCGGGACAGGCCGUCGCCGUCAGGGCGAAAGUCUUCGGCUUCAACGUGAUCUUCUAUGACCCAUACCUGCAGGACGGGCUGGAGCGAUCGCUGGGCGUCCAGCGGGUUUACACACUUCAGGAUCUGCUUUACCAGAGCGACUGUGUGUCGCUGCACUGCAACCUGAACGAACACAACCAUCACCUCAUCAAUGACUUCACCAUCAAACAGAUGCGUCAGGGAGCGUUCCUGGUGAACACGGCGCGAGGCGGUCUGGUGGAUGAGAAAGCUCUCUCUCAGGCGCUGAAGGAGGGCAGGAUUCGUGGAGCGGCUCUCGAUGUUCACGAGACCGAACCCUUCAGUUUUGCGCAGGGUCCUUUGAAAGACGCCCCUAAUCUGAUCUGCACGCCACACACAGCCUGGUACAGCGAACAAGCGUCUCUAGAGAUGAGGGAAGCGGCAGCCACAGAGAUACGCAGAGCCAUCACAGGUCGUAUUCCAGACAGUCUGAGGAACUGCGUUAAUAAGGAGUUCUUCGUGUCCUCCGGCUCCUGGGGACUGAUGGAGCAGCAGGUUCAUCCGGAGCUCAACGGCGCCACAUACAGUCACGUCAACCAAUCACUGCACGCCAUCACGGCUGGCUCCGCCCCCCAAGACAAAAUCAAUGCCUAAACCAAGAGCAGGUUCCCAUCAGGAGUGGGCGGAGCGUCAGCUGGGGUCUUCCCGGCGGGUUUGGUGCCAGUGACCCAUUCAAUGCCCGCGGGGAACCACCCGUCACAGACACCGUCCCCGAACCAGCGGGAGAACAGAGAACACCUGACCGAGCAAUAACGUCACACACACACACACACACACACACACACACUGUUAUGCCACGUAAGAGGAACUUUACAGACUGAAAUCUCCGCCUCUUUACGUUUCAGUUUGUACUGUUUCGGAGGAUGUUUUGGUCAUGUGACUGCAGCACAGCGUCUCUGAUUGGACAGACACUUUUACCUCCAUAAACAGGAACACAAUGGAGUUUGUUAGUUUGAAGUGUUUCUUUUCACAAUCUUGCCUGUUUUUUUCCUCAUCUCGUAAGUGUGAAUUAUUUAAUUAAAAUAAAUCAGGCAAUAGCCACGCCCACUGGUCAUCCUUCAGGAUGAUUGACAGCUCAGCGCUCUGGGCUCUCAGACUUUAGCCAAGGAGUGAAACACCAAAAUAUUUCAUGCGUGUGUGUUUUGUUUGUGUGUCUGUUCAUCAAACCGUGACCUCUGUUAACGAACAGUCAAUGACUUUCUCCUAUUGGUUCAGCGUUCCAGCAGAUGACGAGGUUUAAAUGAAGAUCAUUCGGUAUUUUAAAUCGUGUGAGUUGUUGUUUUCGGUUCACGUCGGCUUCGCUCCUCUACAAGACUCAGGAAAAUCACAAUUUUUCUUUUUUCUCCACCAAAUCUUGCUAAUGAAUAAAUACAGAUGGUCUGCGUAUUUUCUCUUCGCUGUUUCAUUCAUGUUAGUAUUUUUAUAAAGUGACAUCUCAUGAAUACGGCAUUUGAUGAUAAUUAAAAAUAAUAAUAAUAAUUUGCAACUCCGGUAGGUUUGUGUUGCUAGACCCGUGUUCCCGUGAUCAUAGUCGAGUGUGAGUCUCUUUUAUUGGGUUUGUUGUAUUGAAGGGUGUUUGUCUGAUUCUCAUGUUUGUUUUAUUGUGAUUAUUUGUAUUUGUUUCUUGUACAAGGUGAACAUUUAGCAUCAGUACAGAUCAAAUAAAACAUGCAGGUUCAAAACUGUUCCUGCUUUAUGAUUGUAU